AUGACUCGAAGUAGUCUUUUCAAGGAGUUGGCUGAUAUCGCCAAAGAGCGAAUCAUGAUCAUCGACGGAGCUAUGGGAACGAUGAUUCAGAGAGAAUAUAUGGAGGAACACGACUUCCGUGGAGAGAUCUUGAAAGACCACGACAAGCCAUUGAAAGGAAACAAUGAUCUUCUCUCAAUUACCCGCCCGGAUAUCAUCUAUAAAAUUCACAAGCUGUAUCUUGAAGCAGGAGCGGAUUUCAUUGAGACAAACACUUUCUCGGGUACCACAAUUGCACAGGCAGAUUAUCAUUGCGAGCAUCUCGUUCAUGAAAUCAACUACCAGUCAGCAUUAGUUGCUAGGAGAGCAUGUGAUGAUGUCGGAGCCGCUACAGGUAUACGUCGAUAUGUAUGUGGUGCAAUCGGUCCAACGAACAGAACACUAUCCAUCUCACCGUCAGUCGAGAAGCCAGACUUCCGUAACGUCACCUUCCAAGAGCUAGUAAAAGCAUACGGAGACCAGGCGAGAUCUUUGAUUCAAGGAGGUGUUGAUGUGCUUCUCGUGGAAACUGUAUUCGAUUCAGCUAACGCCAAGGCUGCUCUUUUUGCUAUUCGCACACUUUUUGAAGAUGAAGGCGUUCCAGAAAUCCCAGUUUUCCUUUCGGGAACAAUUGUCGACAUGUCUGGUCGUACUCUUUCUGGGCAAACCGGAGAAGCCUUUCUUGUUUCUACCAAACAAGGAAAGCCAAUAGCAGUGGGAUUGAAUUGUGCUCUAGGAGCUAAAGAUAUGAGACAGUUUGUCCAGAAUAUGUCUCUCUGGUCGGAUACUCUAAUUUUGUGUUACCCAAAUGCAGGACUUCCCAAUGCACUCGGAGGAUACGAUGAAACUCCCGAAGAGAUGGCUGAAGUUCUGCGAGAAUUUGCUCAAGAUGGUCUUGUGAACAUCAUUGGAGGUUGCUGUGGAACCACACCGGACCAUAUCAACGCCAUGUACAAGGCAGUUCAAGGAAUCAGUCCGCGUGUUCCUCCAGCCGAUCCACACGCUGGAAAGAUGCUGUUAUCUGGUCUCGAACCAUCGAUCGUGGGACCAGAGACGAAUUUCGUGAAUAUCGGUGAACGAUGCAAUGUAGCCGGAUCCCGUCGUUUCUGCAACCUGAUUAAAAAUGAGAACUACGAUACCGCGAUCGAUGUGGCACGUGUUCAAGUCGACAGUGGAGCUCAAAUUCUGGAUGUGAACAUGGAUGAUGGUCUUCUUGAUGGCCCCUACGCAAUGUCGAAAUUCCUCCGGCUGAUAUCUUCUGAACCAGACGUUGCGAAAAUUCCAGUAUGCAUUGAUUCUUCAGACUUCGAUGUCAUCAUUGCUGGUCUCGAAUCGACGCAAGGAAAAUGUGUCGUCAACUCGAUUUCAUUGAAAGAAGGAGAAGAAAAAUUCAAAGAGCGUGCUAGAAUCGUUAAAAGAUACGGAGCAGCUGUGGUUGUGAUGGCGUUUGACGAGGAAGGACAAGCUGCAGAGACAGAGAGAAAGUUUGAGAUUUGUGAGAGAUCAUACAGGAUUCUGACAGAGGAAGUUGGAUUUAAUCCGAACGAUAUCAUUUUCGAUGCCAACAUUCUCACCAUCGCCACAGGAAUGGAUGAACAUGCAAACUAUGGAAUGUACUUCAUUGAAGCCACUCGCAUGAUUCGCGAGAACCUUCCAGGGGCUCAUGUUUCCGGAGGAGUAUCUAAUAUUUCUUUCUCGUUCCGUGGAAUGGAAGCCAUCCGUGAAGCAAUGCACUCUGUUUUCCUUUUCUAUGCCAUCAAGGCUGGUAUGGAUAUGGGAAUCGUGAAUGCAGGAGCACUGCCAGUUUAUGAAGAUAUUGACAAACCUUUGCUUCAACUUUUGGAAGAUUUGCUAUUCAAUCGUGAUCCAGAAGCGACGGAAAAGCUUCUUGUAGCUGCUCAGGAGAUGAAGAAAGACGGGAAGAAGGCUGACACGAAGACUGAUGAAUGGAGAAAUACCUCAGUUGAGGAACGUCUCAAGUUUGCUCUUGUCAAAGGAAUCGAUCAAUUCGUUGUCGCUGAUACCGAAGAAGCCAGACAGAACACUGAAAAAUAUCCAAGACCAUUGAAUGUAAUCGAACGACCAUUGAUGGAUGGAAUGGCGGUGGUUGGAGAGCUAUUUGGUGCUGGAAAAAUGUUCCUUCCUCAAGUUAUCAAGUCUGCGAGAGUCAUGAAGAAAGCGGUGGCUCAUCUUCUUCCAUUCAUGGACGCUGAGCGACAAGCAAAUAUUGAGAAGAUGGGAUUAGAUGAAGACGAGAGUCCUUAUCAAGGUACUGUGGUAAUUGCUACUGUGAAAGGAGAUGUGCAUGAUAUUGGAAAGAAUAUUGUGGCUGUUGUGUUGGGAUGCAAUAACUUCAAAGUGGUUGAUCUUGGUGUGAUGACUCCGUGUGAGAACAUUAUCAAGGCUGCGAUCGAAGAGAAAGCUGACUUCAUCGGACUCUCCGGACUCAUCACUCCAUCUCUUGAUGAAAUGGUUCAUGUUGCCAAAGAAAUGAAUCGUGUUGGCUUGAAAAUUCCACUUCUUAUCGGAGGAGCAACUACCUCGAAAACUCACACUGCUGUCAAAAUUGCUCCAAGAUACCCACAUCCAGUUGUUCAUUGUUUGGAUGCUUCUAAGUCCGUUGUCGUGUGCUCUUCGUUGUCUGAUAUGACUGUUCGUGAUGCUUUCUUGCAAGAUUUGAAUGAGGAUUACGAAGAUGUAAGAACUAAAAUGUGUCUAGUUUCUUAUUUAAAUCAUUUUUUUAUUACAGAACACUACGAAUCGUUGAAAGAUAGACGAUUCGUCGCUCUCGGUAAGACUCGUGAGAAGAAGUUCAACAUCGACUGGAACAAGUUUUCCCCCGUCAAACCAUCAUUCAUUGGGCGACGCGAAUUUCAAAAUUUCGAUUUCAAGGAACUGAUUCCAUACAUCGAUUGGAAGCCGUUCUUCGAUGUCUGGCAAUUGAGAGGAAAAUAUCCGAAUCGCAGUUAUCCAAAGAUCUUCGACGACGCAGAUGUUGGGGGUGAAGCUAAACGUGUCUUCGAUGAUGCCCAAACAUGGCUUAAGAAGUUGAUCGAUGAGAAGGUUCUCACUGCUAAUGCAGUCGUUUCAUUCUUGCCAGCUGCUUCGGAAGGAGAUGAUAUUCAUGUCUACGAUCCAGAAACUGGAAACAAGUUGGAUACUUUCUACGGACUUCGUCAGCAAUCAGGACGUGAACAUGAUCAAUCUCAUUUCUGUUUGUCCGACUUCAUCAGACCAUUGAAGAUCGGUGUUCCGGAUGACUAUCUCGGUCUUUUCGCUUGUACAGCUGGACUUGGAGCAGAGGAGUAUUGUAAAGUUCUUGAGGAAAAUCACGAUGAUUAUGCAUCCAUCAUGGUGAAGGCUCUCGCUGAUCGUCUGGCAGAAGCCUAUGCUGAGUACCUUCACAAAGAAGUGAGAGUUAAUUUGUGGGGAUAUUCAACGAAUGAACAACUCACCGAAACUGAUCUUCUAUCUAUCAAAUACGAGGGAAUCCGACCAGCAUGUGGAUAUCCUUCCCAACCGGAUCACACUGAGAAACGGACUCUCUGGAAGCUUCUGGAAGCGGAAAAGAAUGGAAUUGUGCUCACUGAACAUUUGGCAAUGCUUCCAGCUGCUUCAGUAUCAGGACUAUACUUCGCUAAUCCACAGAGUCAGUACUUUGCUGUUGGAAAAAUUGACGAAGAUCAGGUAGCAUUCAUAUAUGUGAGAUCGAAAAAUGUAACCGACUAUGCAGCCAGAAAGAAUGUACCAAAGGAAGAAGUCGAGCGAUGGCUCUCCCCAAUUAUUGGAUACGAAUUAGAUUGA